AUGUCACUUACAACACACAACGACUAUAACGCUCAAAUUUCCGAUGCUGAGGUCUCCCUGAAAGGGAUACCUGUAACCACGGUCGACGGUGCGGCCGAGAUUCUCUCACUUCUGCUCCGUAUCCGGUUUUGGAAGGCGAAUCGGGUGCCGGACGAUGUCAUCACAGCGGUUGCCUCUUGCAGAGAGCUGUUGCAGAGAAAACCCACACUCCACUUGCUGCUGAAGACUGUUCACAUGCAAGAGGUACCAAAUUACUCCUCAAUAUUCGAUUCGCUUGCUUUUCCGGCAUUGGUGUCCACAAAAUCUCGAGAGAUACUGCAAUCCAUUGGCGAAAGGAUGGAAAAACACGCCGCGACCGAAUCAUUUCUGCCUCUUUGGGUGCCAAAAAAUCAGCAUACUGAGAUGCCAAGAUACGAAGAUAAUGAUCUUCUCGCUCAUAUAGCGUCUCUCGGACUGCGAAAAUCCGCCGAACUCUCCUAUAAUCUCCAGAUCAUACUGCAUGACUUGGGCGGUUUCCAACGACAUCCAGUGCUUGCUAACCGUGUCUCGAGACUGUUCACCCCGAAAAACAAAUUUUUGGUGAAUGCAUCGGGUACGGGCAAGACGAGACUCUGUUACGAAGGUCUCUGCGCUAAUUGGGGUCUUUACUUUACCUUCUAUGUUGAUUCAAGUCGACUUGGGAGCUUCGACAUGGAAUUCAUCCUUGACAGUGUCAAGGCUGACGGUGGCUUUCGCUGGGUUCGCGGCCUUAGGGCUCCUGAUAAAGCACAAGUCAUCGCAAAAAACAGGAAUCUAGUUUUUCGCUGGUUUGGCGUUGUUCUCCUCUCUCGACUUCUUGCCUUCCAGCUCUUUCUUGAAACCCGUACCCACUGCGACGACAAUACCCUGAACACGAUGCACAAGAUGCGCUGGCUCGAAAUGCAGCUUACACCGUGCACCUUCAGUCGGGGUGGAACAGACGACCGGUUUAGCAAGUUAUCAAAGGCGCUUGGAGGGGAUAAGAAUGAUGUUCUUAACCUACAAGCCAAUAUCGACGACGCUCUUCGCAAGAUUCGAAACGCUAUUGGCCAUGAUAGUCCUCUUUUCAUUGUCAUAGAUGGGGCACAAGCUGGUGUCCGUCUGGAAGACACAUCCUUUGAUGAUGGAAAUUCUCUUCUCCGAGAGAUUAUCGGAGCGUGGCAGACUUUGACGAGAGGCAGUUGCACAUUUAUUUGUGCUGGUAUCAGGGUCCCUUCUUCCAUGUUUAGCGACAAACCUGGCGGAGAUUUCGAGUGGACAUCAGACACUGGAGAGUUUGAUGAUCCUGACGCUCACGAGCGAUAUGUCACAAAAUUCCUGCCUCCCAAAUUUCGUGACACCCCUUCUGGCCGAUUCCUUCUUGCGCGUCUCUGGCGCUGGUGUCGUGGACGGUAUCAAUUCACCGACAAAUUUAUAUCCAUUCUGCUCACGUCGGGUCUUCUAUUUCCGCAUACGACUUUGUCACAGUAUAUCCGCGAAGGAACCGGUGUCGAAGCUUUUGACGCGGUGCGCAUCUGCUACGAGGAAGUCUACCCAACACCAGGUUCGGUCUUUGGCUUUGGGAAACCCAGCUUUGAAGAGCUUUCUCCACAUGACCAGGACUUGGUCCUUAAUGUCCUAUACAGUAUGAUGGCCACACAUCAAGUAGACGAUUUCGGACCUGAAGACAUCCAGCUAGUAUCGAGGGGCUACUCUCGCUUUGUUGAUGCCGACCUAUCGAAAAUUGUGUUCAAUGAACCGUUGGUCGUGUGCCGCGCUGUUCGUCAGCUAUUUCCCGCGCCGAGCCGACCUCAUGAAGGAUACCCCAAUGAUCGACCAUCGACUUUCAUAACGACCUUGCAACUCAAUCCUCCCAGAACUCGGCGAGGUGUUGCCCACUGUCUCGCCUUCUAUCUUUCCCAAGUGCUCGGACGCUCGAGGAUGUUAACAGACAUCUUCAAGUUUCCGCACGCGGCGCCCGGUUGGGCUUGCCAAACGGCCCAACUAGUUCGUUUCCAUUUAGACGACGACAGCAAGCUUCAAAGCACGAUGGUCGACGACUUGAAUGUGUUCAGAUCCCUGGUUCCAUUGGCUACAGCGACCCAGUCGCUGGAAGAGACUAUCGAAUGGAUCGAACACGCCCAUGGCACCACAUUUUGCAUACCUUCUUCCCCUAAUUUGGACUUGCUGGGUGCAAUCCAAUUAGCAGAUGGUUCAUUUAUCUGGCUUGCUGUUCGUGCACUUGCAACUGACGAGCCCGUGAACGACGAAGCGCUGCGGCCACUUGUGUCGCUUCUGGAUAUUGAUGAUCUAUUCCAAGAGGAAGGGGCUGAUACCGUCUCCAUUCAACGAGCUAUCAAUUCUCUUCGUACUUUACCUGGGGUCAAACAGCGUCCAUGUCUUCUUCGUGCGGUCACUGCGUUCCCCGUUGAGGUUGACGUCCGCCCUUGUGUAGACAAGCGUUGUCGCGAUGUUGCCAACCUUAGCUUUCGAGCUCUUCGACGCAAGGAAGACCAAGUGAUGCAGGUGGAUUUCUAUGAUGCUAUGGUCAACGGGGCCAUCGGUGGCACUAAACGAAAGUCGCGGUGGGAUGAUGGAGCGAUGCAAGGAAGUCGCAAACGGGCAAAAGAACUGCAGAGCAGGUUGUUGUUCGAGUUCAAGGGGAAGCAUAUGGGAAGCUCGCACGAGGUAAUGCCACAUUAUACAUGGGACCUGCAAGACGAGGAUUUAUAUGAAGAAUACGACCCGGUGGAUGCUGUUGCUGUGACUCAGCAACGCCGUCUCUCUUAUGCACCAAGAAAACGAGCACCAAAGCCACGGCAAUUGCGUCGAAAUCAGAAAGGAACACGACAGAACAGGAAGAAAUCAGUCUCCAAAUAUGCGUAG